ACACCGACGACAACAAGCGGCGGGUUAGCUCUAAAAACAACUUAUUUUAGCUAGUUAGCUAACUCGUAGCUGUUAAAUUGUUCGUAUAAUGAGCUCAGGUUCAACUUGUGCCGUUAGUGGCUGCUACAACAACACAAAGAAGGUGAAGGAUUUCUUGGAAACGUCGUGUUGUUUGUUUCACUACAAACUGCGCAGAGACUGUAUGUGUCCCGCGCCGUACCGCCUGCACUCCAUGCCCAGGAACCAGGAGCGGCGGGCGGCCUGGCUGAAGGCCCUGAGGCUCAAACGACCCCCGAAAAGAGUGUACGUUUGCUCUUUUCACUUCGUUGAAAGGAUUCCAACAAAACUGCACCCAGACCCGGAGCUUUAUCUGGGCCACGACCAGUCUCCAAGCAGCGAGGCCGAAAAAAAGCUGUCGAAAAUGAGGCAAGGACCGGGCAAGAGGAAGCCGCUGAUCCAGCCAGAGACGCAACCGCCGGCGACUCCCGGCUGCAACUUCGAGACACAACCGGCAACUUCCAGCUGCAACUUCGAGACACAACUGGAAACUUCUAGCUGCAACUUCGAGACACAACUGGAAACUUCUAGCUGCAACUUCGAGACAAACCCGGCAACUUCCAGCUACAACUUCCAGACACAACCGACAAUUUACAGCAACGACGUUGACGGUAAACAAGAAGUUGAAGGUGGACCAGACUGCUCAGUGGACUUCACUAUGACGGUCGCGGACUACGUUGACAUCUCAACUUCUUCCCUUUCUCCUGACCCACUCUGCGACUCAGUUCAGACACAAUUGGAGGACCCUGUACUGCACGAUCAUGAUUAUUACACGACGCCUGUUGGAAAAGACGUGCAUGACAAGACGACUCAGUGUGAUGAGUUCGGGUACUUGAUGCUUCAAAACGACUCGGAUGCGUUGCUUUACACCGGUAUCGCUCUGGAAACAUUUAACGUCCUCGUGUCAACACUGGAAGGAUUUGCUCGCAACGCAUUUCCACUGUCUUUGCGAGAUCAAGUUCUCAUGACACUGAUGAAACUGAAGAACAACUGUGAGAUGGAGUAUCUGAGCAGACAGUUUUGUGUAUCAGAGAGCACGGCCAGCAGGAUAGUCUCGUAUUGUGUCGACAAACUGGACCAAGUGUUGCGACCUCUGAUUCCGUGGCUUCCAAAAGAAAUAAUUCAAGCAAUCAUGCCCAAAGCAUUUAAGAACUUUCCCAACACAACAUGUAUUCUGGAGUUCAGUGAGAGCCGUUUACAAAAACGCAAAGACCUAAAGUCAUGUAAGACGGUGAAAUACCAGGUCGCUCUCGCUCCAUGUGGAAUAAUCAUGUUCAUCUCUGCCACAUACGGAAGGCUGUGCAGUGACACGUUAAUAACCGAGGAAUCAGGAAUAUUAGACCUCUUAAAGCCCGGAGACGAAGUCAUGACACUUCACGAUUUCACCGUGAAGGAUCUGCUGUUAGAGAGAGAGGUUAACUUGGUCGUGCCUUCUUUCGAAAUGCAACGUAGAGGGCUACCCGAGGAACAAGUAAAAACCAUUAUACAAAUGGCCCACCAUUGUGAAAGAGCGAUCGGACGUCUGGAAGAUUACACAAUCCUGUCGCAGGUUGUUCCGAACACCAUGGCUCCUAAAAUAGACAAGAUCCUAAGAAUAUGCGCAGGUCUUGUCAAUUUAAGGGUGGAUCUUGCUCGUGACUGGUACUAAUCUAAAUUUCCACCCGUUGACAAAGUCACAACAACACCGGCGUUAAAGAUUAAACUUGACAUUUUACGAGAAAAGAUGCCGCUCAGUGGGCCGCAUGCAGCAACAUCGUCUUAAAUUUCCUCUUAAAUUUCUGGUAUAAGAAAAUAUAAGAGAAGAUAGUCUUGGCAUGAGAUUAAAAAACUGAAGUAAAGGAAAACUAACCUCAGAUUGUACUUAAGUACAGUACUUGAGUACAUGUACGUAGUUAAGUUACACCACUAUUCUGCAGAUUGACACACAGUAACUAAAAUUACAGUCAUUGGGAUCGAUGCACCAACUUUAGUAGUAUCCCUUUAGCCCUUAAAUUUAAUAAUCUAGUCAUUAUAAAUACUCUAAAACCUCAACUAAAUAUGAUUUGGUUAUAGUCAUGCAUUUUUCCUUGUGUUGGACAACAAUUUUGGACUGUGAAUGCAAGAUGUUCAAGGUUCUCUUACCUAACAGAAAAUCAUGAAUUAGAAAACGUUGAUGAAUCCCAAAAAUCAGUGGGUACUUACAAAAUAAGAAUCCUGGAUACGAGCAAAAAUAAGAGAAAUUUUGUUUGUAUAUCUUUACUGCAUGAGGCCCAACAUCUCGAGUGCUUACGCUGAUCGUUAAUAUUAGAUCCUUACAUCUUCCCGUUUUUGGGCUGUGGCUGAGCUUUAUGUUAUUGUAGGGCGCUGCUCAGUUAUAUUUUUUUUUAAUUGGAUGAAUUUAGGCUCUGAUACAUGAGAAUGAACUAUAAAACCUUUUUUUUCUUUAAAAACUGGCAGAUCAGUCUUUUGACAGACUUCCACAGCGAAUCUAACAGGACCAUCUAAUUGUGCAUUAAUGAUGUUUAAAUCUACAAUGGCUAAAAAACUUAAGGGAACAAAGCCUGUCGGGAGUUUUGGGAACAGUCUUUGUGGUUGUUCUGUUGUACAGAUUGUAAAUACAUUUUGUGACAUCACUUCAUAAAGCUAUUAAAUUAUAAUCACCUUUCGUAUUUACAUUAUAUUGAUUUUUUUUUUAACUGGAAGAGCAAUA